AUGGGUCGUCUGACCAGGGUCAGCCACCUUGUCGUUCCACUUGGGUGGUUUCCAGACAGGGCUGAAAGAGUUGACGAGGGUGGCGGGACAUGGAGCAGCCAGACGGCUUCAGGGCGGUGUUUUCUCCUCGGAGCCAUAGAGUCCAAAGGCAGGAGGCCGACACCUCCGGAGCGAGCAUCCAGGGGCGCUCAGGGCCGCCUCCCCACAGCCCCCCGACGGCCCAAACUCAGACUCGCUCCCCGAGGGCGCCGGAAACCACCUACCGCACUCCGGGUCUCCCCUGGGCUCCCGGACGACCGGCCGUGCCACGGUAGCCGAAGCUGGCGCAGCGGAAAGAGCGACCGCCGCCGACUUCCGGCGGAAGCGGAAGCGACACCGGAAGUGGGCCCCGGAAGCGGUGUUGCGGGGCGGGCCGGAGGAGGCGCGGUCCGUAAACUCAUGGCGGGCCUGGUACGGGGACCUGUGGCGGCUUGGCGGCCAGGCCUGCUCUGGCGUGUCUUCCCUCGCGGCCUCGGGCUCUGCGGCUCGGCCUCGGGCCCUGAGGGCGUCUCGCUGCGGCGGGCCUCGGGGCCGGCGAGCGGCGGCCAGGGACGCCGGCCCUGGAGCUCGGCCGUGCCGCCGCCUCCGGGGCCAUCCGGGCCCGGGCCCGAGCCCAAGGGCGGCGGGGCGCCCUCGCGCACCACGAAGCCUGGGCCUGUUACCUGGAAGUCGUUAGCAGUCACAUUUGCCAUUGGAGGAGCUUUAUUGGCUGGAAUGAAGUACUUCAAGAAAGAAAAGACAGAGAAGCUGGAGAAGGAAAGGCAGCGAAGCAUCGGAAAACCUUUGCUUGGAGGACCAUUUUCCCUCACAACUCACACUGGAGAGCCCAAAACUGACAAGGACUACCUGGGUCAAUGGGUAUUGAUUUAUUUUGGAUUCACUCAUUGCCCUGAUAUCUGUCCAGAAGAACUAGAAAAGAUGAUUCAAGUCGUGGAUGAAAUAGAUAGUAUUCCAUCUCUGCCAAAUUUAACUCCACUGUUCAUCACCAUUGACCCAGAAAGGGACACAAAAGAAGCCAUUGCGAAUUAUGUGAAAGAUUUUUCUCCAAAACUGGUUGGUUUGACUGGCACAAAAGAAGAGAUUGACCGAGUGGCCAGAGCAUACAGAGUGUAUUACAGCCCUGGGCCUAAGGAUGAAGAUGAAGAUUACAUAGUGGAUCAUACAAUUAUAAUGUACUUAGUUGGACCAGAUGGAGAGUUCGUAGAUUAUUUUGGCCAGAACAAAAAGAAUGCAGAAAUCGCUGGUUCCAUUGCUGUACAUAUGAGGACACACAUGAAAAAGAGGUAGCCAGAGUGGAGUUGCUGGACACAGAAUUAUCUUGCAAAAAAGGAAGGAAGCCUUGUCUCCCAUAGGAGCCAAUAUAUAAUGCAACUCAGAUAGCCUUCAUACCUUGAGAACAUCUGUGUAGAAAGGAUGUUAUUCCUGGGUUCCCCCAGGAUUUGGGACUGUGAAGAUUAUAACCCAAAGUCUGCUGAGCAUCUACCUGAAUCCAAAGUACCAGGGUAAGUGAAGCCAGAGGAGAACAGGCCGCACAGGAGGAGCAGCAGGGAGACUGCUCUGCUGUGUGUCUGGGGAUCUUCCCUUGGAGAAGAGCCUCUGCCUCACCGGUGUCUUGGACCUUGCUCCCACAAAUUGGGACUAAAUUCUACAGAAAAAAUGUAACUUCUAAUGCUCUUGCUGUUUUCACUUAGAGUGCUUGAUUAAUCUUUAUACUUGAAAGCUGAAGUUUAGUCUUCCUGAAAGGGAAUAUCACUGUCAGAUUUGCAUUUCCUUCCCAGUUAACAUGCACUUUGACUGCUGAAGAGGAAGUCUUUUAUUUGGGGUUAACUGUUAGAUUAAUUCCUGUAGAGAUCUUCUUGUAUGUUUUUAACAGGUAGAUGAUUUGCCAGGUAUGCAGUGAUACAAAGAGGAUACUGAUUGUGGGUAUGGUAUUUUUCUUUGUAUGUCAGAUUGUACUAUAUAUAAAAUAAAUAUAUGAUCAGUUUUGUAA